AUGGCAGCCUCAUGUGGCAAUUAUAAUUGUAGCAAUGGUCAAUUAUGUUUUUUAUCCUUGAAUGGUCCAAGAUGUGCGACGUUUAACACGAAUCUUUCACUAUGGGCGCUAAGCCCGGAGUCGUUUCCGCCAAUCGCUUAUCUUGGUAACGAACUGGCUUAUUCCGAGAACGAUCAGUGUGAGAUUUUUAGUUAUUCUAAUUGGUCCAAUUCAGACAAGAAUUGGUUGCUUCAGUACUUUUAUAAUAAUUGGUUACCUUCACCUUCCAUCUCAAACAAGCUUCCUAAUGGUAGUUUCGUUCAACCACUCGACUAUCUUGGCAGUUGCAGUGGUAAUAAAUUAGAAAAUUCCGGAUUGCCAAGUUUGUAUUGCUCACCUUAUGGAAAUAUAUGUGUGAAAAAAUUGGAGGCAUCGAUGACUUGUAAUUCAUCAAACCAAUGUAUAAGCGCAAAUUGCGGGAAUAUACCAGCAACCUCAUUUUCUGAUGGUACGGCAAAACCAAAAGCGUCAUGCAUAAAUGAUAGUGAUACGAGUUUAUUUUUGACUAGUAAUGGGACAAGAACCAUAUUUCUGACUGAUGAUCUCGGCAAAGAGGCCAACAGCGGUAAUGUUAGUAAACCAAGAAAUCGAGAAAGGUCAAUUGAUCCUCUUAGUGGUGAGGGUGGACGUGUGCGUAGAAGCGCAUCCGCAUUAUUAAAUCGCAACGGGACAUUGAAUAGAAGCAGCAGCAUACGUACGCUACCGCCAUAUUCCGCGGUAGAUGAAGUUACAUAUCAACCAGGAGUUGUGUCUACUAUAGUUAAUUAUUUCUUUCCACCCGGCGAAUUACCGCCACCAUAUGAAUCAGAAGAUACUAGACGUAUUCUGACGCUGAGUGACAUAGAACAAAAUUCCACAUUUGGGUCCGUCGCAGAGAAUGUUGAUGAAUCUAUGAUUCCCGAAAAUGAUGUCAUCAUCACUACUAAAGACGACGCUGAAACAGAACCGGUUGCAUUGUUGGAAGUGAGAAGUGUGACAAUUGAAGAGGAAACUCCGAUUUCAAUAUUGCCUAAUAAUAUUGAAAGUGCAACAGAUUUGCAUACCUUACCCGAGAUACAGGAUACUGAAGAAAACGUGGUUUUUAUGCAGGAAAGACGAGAAUCAGAAAUUGGACUAACUGAA